AUGUGCUAUGGGCUGGCUGGACUGGUGGUACUGCACCAAAGGCUGCCGGCCCAGAUCUCAAAGGUCCAGUGCUUCCCGCCCCGUCGCCCGUCGCCCGUCGCCCGUCACCACCACCUGCACCGGCUCCUCUCCAAACUUCCAACUACACCCGCCAUCGCUAAUCACGGCGACAGACGACACCCGCCGACAGCAUCACUCCCCGCCGCCACCACCACGACGACCCAGCUGGCGUUGGUUGCGAACACGCCUGGAAUCCUUCGGCAGAUUGGCAUCACAGCAAAGCCAUACGCCGCAUCUGAGCAAUCGCCCUGCUGA